GAUCUUGAAUUAUCAUCAAACUCGUUAUCGUUCCUCUAGCGGUCCCCUCUUAUACCCCACACACUCCCCAGGGUCCACUCAGCACACGUCGCUUAAUCUCGAUUUGGGUAUCAUUUAAACGCCAACUAUAACACGUUUAUUUAUCCGCUCCCGUUUCCCGUCUCGUUUCCCGUCUCCUGCCAUUUGCCGCCCUUCAUGUACCCCAACGUGAAUCAUACCCUACUCUAUACGCCCGAGGAAGACUUUUCGGAUAUAGACCUCUCAUCUUACCCCCUCGAUUUAUACCCUGGUAGCGCGUCAGAUCAUUCAGAGAGUUCCCCCAGCGUCUGGGUAUAUGACGACGUCCCUCAAUUUCCCCGUCAUUCAUCUGCUUCCCGCCUUCCAGACUACGAUCACUGCAACGGGCGGUCAUUGUCUAACGGCAUGAACAUGCCUAACGGUCCCCUUUCUGGAAGCGCCUGGUCCCACAAUGUUGGCUACCACUCAGACGCCGUCAAUUCGACCCUGGGGGAAGAAUAUCCCCUUUACCCGCGUCGCUUGCCUUCGCAGAGGUCGGGAGGCGGGACCGAGUGGAGCUCGACCUCAAAUCAUCGCCCCCCGUCUGACCGUCAAUAUGUUGAUCCAUCGCAAUGGGCGCCUGCUUCGGGACCGACAUAUGAUUCGCAGCCGUGGGAUAGUUUGGGGCUCUCUUCCUUAAACGAAUCAUUGGAAGUGAAACCCGAUUUGUCCCUCCUUCGAAUGCAGCGAUCGAUGCAUGCGCCCAUCUCUCCUUCCCCCACUCCUUCCCCUUCGUCAUCUGGCGUGAAAACGCCCACUACACCCUCCGUUGACGCUGCCGCGAAACAAAAAUCAUGUUCCCAUUGCCAUGCCACGAGUACACCACUCUGGCGCCGGGAACCAGUCACGCUCAAGCCUCUCUGUAAUGCUUGUGGUCUCUACCUUCAGCAGCGCAACAAACUGAGACCGCAGGAGCUCAUUGACGCGGACUUGGAUGACGGCAGCGAGGAGUCGGACAAAGACGCGACUGGACCCGAGUGUAGCCAUUGCCACACGCGAAAUACUUCGGUAUGGAGGCGGAGCAAGACGGGGGAACAGCUGUGCAAUGCUUGUGGAGUAUACCUGCGACUAAGGGGGAGGGAAAGGCCGCUAUCGCUGAAGAGAAACAAGAUCAAGCCUCGCUCUAAACACAAGGAUACAGGGUCGAUUUCGCCAAAGUGAAAUGAAAAGCCGUGUUAAAUUAUUUCAAGUUCAAUGUAUUCUGCUGCGUCUGGUUUUUUUUAAUUAUAUUACUGUGUGGCUCAUUGCUAGCUACGAUGGGCAGACUACGAUUAAUGUCGUCUAUGGUAGAUUGAAUGAUGCACCGCGUUCCCCGGCCUUUCAUUGCCUUUUCCCAUGGACUCGGAAAAUUACACUGUGUAGUAGACCAGAAACGGUUGGGACAAUUGCAUCACGACCCCCAUCACCCGCGACUGCCAAUGCCAAUGCUCUGCCAAUCAACUUGAGUUGGAGACCGUGGGCGGAUCAUAGGCUAUAUGCGGACAUAAUAGACA